CGCCCCCUCGGUUCUUUCCAUGGCUCGGUCGCUGCGGGGGUACCGGCUCCAGGAGGUUGGUUUGAGGGGCGACAUGUAUUACAAGUUCAGCGGCUUCACCCAGAAGCUGGCUGGGUCCUGGGCCUCGGCCGCCUACACCCCGCAGGGUUUAAAGCCUGUGGCAUCUUCAGAAGCACCACCUAUUAUAUUUGCCACACCAACGAAAUUUGCUUCAGAAACAGCUCCAUAUGAUUAUGCUGGGAAAAACAAAGUUCCAGAGCUGCAGAAAUUUUUUCAGAAAUCCGAUGGCUUACCUGUCCACUUGAAACAUGGUCUGCCCGACCAAAUGCUUUAUCGGACCACCAUGGCUUUGACACUGGGAGGGACCAUCUACUGCCUGAUUGCUCUCUACAUGGCUUCACAACCCAAAAAUAAAUAAGAUAGGAUUCAUAAGACUGAUUGAUUUAUUAACAAGAGUUUUGGCAUAAAACCCUUUGAAUUUUCUAUUUUCCUAAUUGCCAGUGAAUUUUCCUCACCUAUGUAAGUUUUUGUUGUUCUUCAAUUAGAAUUAGAAGACUUAUUAAUAAGGAAAUGUUUUGGUUGGUUUAUUUCUGAGAAUAAAUGGAUUAUCAGAACAUGUUGAAGAGUUAGCUAUUAUUUAAGCAAAGGUGAUGAUGCCCUUCUAAUUUGGGCUCCCUUAUUUCUCCAGAGGUUGGCAGGCCAGCUCAUCACUGUGAUGAGGCCACCAGGGAUUUCUGGUUGUGCCUAUCAGAGGCCCAGAGAGAGAGAGAGAGAGAGAGACUGAGACUGUAUGUAAGUGGGGGAAGCUUUUCUGUAACCAGAUGUGCUGGCUAAGGGAGGAGGGGAUUCAUUGAAGCUGCACCAGUGACAGAAAGUCCUUUAACUUCCUGGUGCCAAAAAUCUGUUCUUUCUGACACCACAAAUUUCACUGGGAAUUUAAUUAGCUGUUAAUUUGGGGAAUUUUCCAUCUUGCAGCAUGGUGUUAAUAGAAAUUAUUUUCUGUUAACUAUUCACAUACCCAUAACUUUGUCAUAUAAUUUCAAAAGGGUUAUAUGCCUAUCUCUGACCUCUUUAAAUAUUCCAGAAAUGAAGAUUCUGUAUUUAUUCUACCAUGGGAACAGAGCAGCUCUUAAUAAAAGUUUUGCACUUUGGACUGGACUGUUGUAUAGUUAGAUCCCUGUUGGCGCUUCUCCUUUACUCUUGUUAAAUCCUGUAGCUUUAAGGUGUAAUUUAUUUUUGCUUAUGGAAUAAAUACAUGAAUGAGAAGUUUCAA